UAUUCUUUUACAUUUAUGAUGGAACUGAUUUCCAGAUUGAUUAUUUAAAGGGGUACCUUAUCAACUGGAUCAAGUUGCAAGUGAAGCAAAUAACCAGCCAAAUAUGUCUGCUUUCUUUACCUCAAAGAACUCCACAUCGCCUGCUAUUAUAGAAAAAAACUCUCCUGACCAGGUAAUAUCUAAUGUUGAGAUGCCAUUGAUGGAAGGAAUCAUCACUGAGAGUGGUCACCUUUCUGGAGUAAGGGGCCCCGCACAUGCUAGUGCAUGCAUUCGAGAAUCUCUAGUUCCUAGUCAUGUGAACUAUAAUGGAACUGAAGCUGAAGAUUCAUCUUGCAGUGGUAAUGCAAGCUUCAAUACAUCCCACCCCAGCCCUCUUCAUGCUUCUGGUAGCUGCCUGAAUGAGAUGGAUACGGAGGCAUCAAUUUUAAAAGCUCAUAGUCCUAAUAAGCUGCACACAAGUGUAAUGGAUGCAAAUUUCAUGGAAAAUUAUUUCAAGGAUUGCUUUUUUGUAUCAGUGGUUGUCCGGAACCAUCCUGAGUUGCAGGGAAAACCUGUUGCCAUUUGCCAUUCAGAUAAUCCACGGGGAACAUCAGAAAUUUCAUCCGCAAACUAUACAGCUAGGCAUUAUGGAGUUAAGGCCGGAAUGUUUGUAAGAGAUGCUAAAGGUCUCUGUCCUCAGCUUGUCAUUCUUUCUUAUGACUUUCAAGCAUAUGAAGAGGUCGCUGAUAAAUUUUAUGAUAUCUUGCAUAAACACUGCAAGAAAGUUCAGGCGGUCAGUUGCGAUGAAGCAUUUUUAGAUGCCACUGACUCAGGGGUGGAGGACAUUCAAGCUUUUGUCCAUCUGAUCAGGAAGGAGAUUGUUGAGUCAACAGGAUGCACUGCAAGUGCUGGUAUUGCUAGAAAUAUGCUCUUGGCCCGUCUUGCUACAAGAACUGCUAAACCAGAUGGACAAUGUUGUAUCCCUCCUGAAAAAGUUAAAGAGUAUCUACAUGACCUUCAAGUAAAAGCCCUCCCAGGAAUUGGUCAUGUCUUGGAAGAGAAACUUAGAAAGAGACUAGUAACAACUUGUGGGCAGCUGCAGAUGAUACCCAAGGAAAACAAGUCAAUAGGUGCGGAUGUCAACGGGGGUGUGAGGUUCAAGGAUCUAAAAGAUGUUAGUGCUUUUUAAUCCAUACUUACAAUUGCUUCCUACUUUCCUUUAUCUGAAAUUUUGAGAUCCUCACAGUAUUUGAUGCUUUAUAGUGCAGGCUCAACAUUUCUUAAAUUUGAUGUUCCAAUCUGAUGCAUACACACAUGACACACCUCUAACAUUGCUUAGCUUCACUCUUGUUUUCUAUUAAAUAAUUUAACGGGCUUCUUAUUCCUCUGGUGUAAUUUAUUGUCCAGAUAAAGAAGAGGAAGAUUGAUGCUGGGGAGCCUGCAAAAUAUUUGGGUUGCGGAAUCUGUGACAACUUGAGUCACUCUACAACGGUUUGAUUCUUUUUGUUGCUAUACUGAACAAAAUGUCUGUUGGGUU